UUAAAUUUUGACUUUGGCAACGUGUUAGCAGAAGAUGUCUGCUAUCGUUGACAAGAAUAACAGCAAAUCGGAAUGUUUCAGUGAAUCCACAUCUUCAUCUAAUAGUAGAUACGCGCUGUACCUAUUUAGUAACAAUAAACAUGCUUCCACUUCAGAUAUAAUAUCUAAAGGUCAAGACUAUGUGAACAAUUCAAAACCUGAUUGUGAUGAGCCCAGUGUUUGUUUGUCACUUUUAGAAGGAAAUUUAGAUGCAGAACAAGAAACUGUAGUCCGUUGUUAUCUUCUGAAAACACUUUCUGGCAGAGAAGAUCUGAGUUUUGAAAACGAGGGAAAAUAUGCUGCAUUGCAAUUCAGUGAUGAUUCUGAUCAAUCUUUUGGCUGCUAUUAUCACAGAUUAUCAAAAAAUGCUCCAGUCUCUGAUGAUGAUACCUCAGAUAAUUCUUCACGCAAAGUAUACACAUUUUUUAUUUGUCUCAUUGGUCCUGCUAAUGGAGCUAUGGAAUCAUUCUGCCCUGAGUUAGGUAUAUUUUGUCAAGGAUUACUUCAUUCUCUAGAUCCUGAGGGCUCAAAAGACCAAGCACAUGUGCAAUUUAAAUUAAAAUCAUGGUAUUUUUAUUGCAUUGAAUAUGUUGGACGCUGUAUUCAAAGAUUCAAAGAAGAUAUAAGUCUUGUACUGCAUAGUUCCCUUUGGGGAAAUGUAGAAAUUGCUUCAGAAGAUGAAAAUAUCAAAUGGGAUUUAGAAAGGUUUGUGGAAACUGCCUCUUUGAUGCCAAGAAUUCCAGAUAAGGCUAAAGAAGAGUCUUCCAGUUUACAGUCAGUAUUAACAGUAAAAAUUUCAGAUGGGAAAAUUGAAACAAGUAAACCUGUAGCUGCCUCCUUUUAUUGCUCAAGAUGGUAUGACAAAUUGAAAAAUUGUCAUGAAAGUGAUCAUAUUGGCAUGCAUAAUAUUUUGGAAGGUUUCAGACUCAAAGCUAUUCAAGAUUUGAAUACUUUGAAAAGGUUACUACAAAAAGCAGAAACUGACCAUUAUUCAUUAUACAGGGCCUACCAGUUUUUGAAGGCUAGUGGCUAUGAUGAUGUUCUGUUGCAUCAUGUGAAACGGGAGGUAACUGUAACUGGAGAAGAAGAAGCUCUCGAAAUAAUUGCAUGUUUGCAAGAUUUUAUCAAGAACAAGAAAUCAGGACCAAAUCAUUAGAUGACUAUAUAUUACUACAUGUGUAUUAUUGUCGUAACUUGAUAGAUUUAUUUUAUAUAUUAAAUUUUAUAAAUAGUU